GCAUGCAAGGCCCGACAUCACUCCUCGAUACACGACGUCUGCGGGAGCGGUGGGGCGGCUCCGUCGACGUCGACGUCCCUGUAUGCGAGACACCAAGAGGGGAGACGGGUUACAAUUCUGCUGGCCACGGCUCGUGUGCGACUCACCGACUGCCACGGAGACCGCGUCGUCUCCCGGGCGCUGAUCGACCCGGGAUCGGAGGUCUCGCUCAUUUGCGAGGCGCUUGCACAGCGCCUGCGACUGUAUAUAUAGAAAUAUGUAUAUAUGCGUAGAAAAAGAUCGUUAUGAUUACUUUAUUAUGUGCAAAAUUCAAUAUUUUUUAAUAAAUACUUCUUAUACAAAUGUGUAUUUUCUGGGUACCACAAUAAAAAUUGCAUACAAUAUUGAUUUUGGAGUAUAUGAGCAAUUCGAAGUUAAAGAUGAAAGGCAUGAAAUCGACAAAACUUUUUUGUUUUCAUAUUCUAAUUUACUUAUUCCACAUCCUAUUCUUGAAACUUCCUUAAAUUCAAUUGCUGUUUUUAUAUUCAAAUAUGCACCUCUUGAUUUAUAAGAUUAUGUAAGUAAUAUAUUUGCAUAAUUAUCGUUUAGUAUUGUAUCUUUAGUCAUUAUAUAUAAAGCAUACGUAUAUGUUUUCUAUGUUGCAGAUGUCUUAUUUAUUUAAAGUGUGGUCAGCUAAUAGAAAACAGAAAACUUCAUUCCUAAUCAAUAAAUCAGUUAAUAUAUUAUCUGAUCUUAUUACCAAAACUAACACGAAACUUGGCAUCAAUGGUUCCAUUUUUGUUAUGGAAAAGGAUGGGACAAAUGUUGAUGAUGAUGAAGUUUUGAAGUUUUGUUCCGGCGAAAUUUUUAUGUUAUUAGAAGAAAAGGACAUUUGGUCACCUCAAAAUGAGACAGAAUCACAAUCACAUACUGCAACAUCCUGUGAUAAUGAUUCUACAUCUAUUUUCUCAUCCUCAUCAAGUAUGCGAUAUGCUUUAUCGCCAACACCACUAUUGCAGUCAGAUAAUGAUGAAAUUUGGAUGAAUUUUUGUAUACCUUGGGACAAAUUGGAAUCGGCAGUGGUUAAAGAAUUAGAAGCAAGCAAUCGGAGCAAAUAUAUAAUACAUGCUGUUGUAAAUCGCAUAAUUUCAGAGAUGAAAAACGAGAAUUUAUACCUUCAAAAGCGUUAAAAAUAGUAGCUAAAAAAGUAAUUGAAAAAUAUCCUCAAACAUUCAAAGAUAUGGAUGAAGAUGGUGAAUGUUUUGGAGAUGGAAAUCACACAUUGUAUUUAAAACUGCGUGAUAGAAAUUGCUAUCUUAACAGAUCACACAUGAAGAGAUCUUUAUGUCAAAGUUUAAACAUACCAUUAAAAAA